GGAUGCGCUGGGUGACCAGGAAACAGGGUUAGAGAUCUCGUGAGUGAAAGACAUUCAUCCCUACAGUAUGGGUUAAAUUAACCAUAGAAAUAUAUUCGCAAUGGAUGAGCCAAAUAUACUGAGGCGGCGUGGUCUACAGAAGGAACUGAGCCUUCCACGCAGAGGAAACAUUAACCGGAACAAGAGGAAGAGUUUGGCUCCCUCACCUACUCUAUCAAGACCGCUCUCACCCCUUCCUUUGCAAACUGGCAGCAGUCCUCUGGACAGUCCCAGAAAUGUCUCCGGCAGUCCUUCGGUCAAUUUUCCAUUCAUACGGAGACCAGACACACGAAGGUGGUCCGUGGCAUCUGUCUCCUCUGGAUAUGGAACCAAUCCACCCAGUUCUGCUGUUUCAUCUUCCUCCUCCUCACAGGAGCUCCUGCACCAGCUGCCCUCCCAGCCCACCCCAGAUGACCUCCAUCGCCUCUUCAAGCAUUUCAGGAGCUCAGAGAGUGUGGCAGAUGAGGAUGGACAGCCCUCGCCUUUCCGUCCUCGCUCGAGGAGCCUUAGCCCUGGGAGGACAUGUGGCUCUUUUGAUAACGAGAUUGUGAUGAUGAAUCACGUCUACAAAGAACGGUUUCCAAAGGCUACGGCUCAGAUGGAGGGGCGUUUGCUGGCAGUGAUUGCAGACUACUCCCCAGACAGAGCUCCUCCUCUUGCCGAUGGAGUGCUGGGCUUCAUUCAACACCAGCUGGUCGAGCUCGUCCGAGACUGUCUGGAGAAGUCCAGAAAGGGGCUCAUCACAUCCUGCUACUUUGUGGAACUUCAGGAAAAAUUAGACAAUUUCCUGCACGAGGCAUAUGAGCGCUCUGGCGAGGAAGUGACUGUGAUUGCCAAACUCGUGAAGAAGAUUCUCAUCAUUAUUUCCAGACCAGCAAGACUACUGGAGUGUCUGGAGUUUGACCCUGAGGAGUUUUAUCAGCGUCUCGAAGUUGCAGAAGACCAAGCAAAAAUAGGCCAGGGCAUCAAGACUGAUAUCCCCGAUAUAUCAUCAGUCAACUGGGUCUCACCGAGACCCCUGGAGGACAUGGUGCAGCUUGAGCACAACAACUCAGGCAGCCCAAGCAGAGAUCUGGAUGACACUGCAGAGAAUCGUCAGGGAACCACAACGCCUCGAAGAAAACCUCUGGAAAGAGACUUUGAGACUAUAAAGCUCAUCAGCAAUGGGGCUUAUGGGGCUGUGUACCUGGUAAGGCAUCGCGGGACACGGCAGCGCUUUGCCAUGAAGAAGAUCAACCGGCAGAACUUGAUCCUGAGGAACCAGAUCCAGCAGGUGUUUGUGGAGCGAGACAUCCUGACGUUUGCAGAGAACCCUUUUGUUGUCAGCAUGUUCUGCUCCUUUGAGACACGAAGGCACCUCUGCAUGGUCAUGGAGUAUGUGGAGGGUGGAGACUGUGCAAAUUUGCUGAAGAAUAUGGGUCCCUUGCCGGUGGACAUGGCCAGAAUGUACUUUGCAGAGACUGUUCUGGCACUAGAGUAUCUUCAUAAUUAUGGUAUCGUGCACAGGGAUCUCAAACCUGACAACUUGCUCAUUACGUCGAUGGGGCACAUUAAACUCACUGACUUUGGUCUGUCUAAAAUCGGUUUAAUGAACAUGACCACAAACCUGUAUGAAGAACACAUGGAGAAAGACACAAGAGAGUUCAUUGAUAAACAGGUUUGUGGCACGCCAGAGUACAUCGCGCCAGAGGUCAUCCUCAGGCAAGGUUAUGGGAAACCUGUGGAUUGGUGGGCCAUGGGUAUUAUUCUUUAUGAGUUCCUGGUGGGCUGUGUGCCUUUCUUUGGAGACACACCAGAAGAGCUCUUUGGCCAGGUGGUCAGUGAUGAAAUUGAGUGGCCAGAGGGUGAUGAUGCAUUGCCUCUUGAGUCUCAAGACCUCAUCACAAAACUGCUAAGACAGAGUCCCAAAGAGCGCUUGGGAGCUGGAGGGGCAGCAGAGGUCAAACAUCACUUUUUCUUUCAUGGUCUGGACUGGAGUGGACUGUUAAGACAGAAAGCGGAGUUCAUUCCACAGCUUGAAACUGAAGACGACACAAGUUACUUUGACACACGUUCUGACCGUUACCAUCACUCUGAGGAGGACGAUGAGACCAACGAUGAUGAGUCUUAUCAGGAGAUCAAGUUUUCUUCCUGCUCGCAUCGCUUCAGCAAGGUGUACAGUAGCACCGAGCAGCUGGCUUCUCCGUCCAACUUGAGCCUGUCCUCCUCUGAGCGGAGCUGCAGUGAGGAGAAGGAGGACCGGUGGGACGGUCAUUCAAUGCUGUCUCCAGUUGAAAACCCAAGACAGCUACCAAGCAGCGACAGGAAGCAGGAUUCCCACAGGGGCAGUCCAAGUCCGAGGCCGAGAGCAUCGUCCAGUUCCUCUCAGCCUGAGAGGGGCACUAGUCCCCUAAUUUUGAACAGCACUCAGAGUCUUGAGGCCAUGCCACACUUUGCCUUUCCUGAGGAUGAGGAAGGUCUUGUGUCAAAUCUCCGGCGAAUUCGUCUGCGCAGCAACUCCACUGGAACAAGACCUACUAACCGCAGGGACCACAAGGGUCCGCGUCGCCUCGGGCUCCAGCAGGAGACCCCAGAGAAACCACGCUCACCAUUUACAUGCAAAGUCCCCAAGUCUGCAUCCGUGUCUGGCCUUUCUCUCAUCGUCACAGCAGAUGACAUCCCUGGUGGGCUCCAGACAAGCCCCAUGUCUUCACACUCCCUCUCAUCCAACCCUUCAUCUCGGGAUUCUUCCCCCAACCGAGACCUCUCUCUUAGCAUGAACAGUCUUCGUCCUCCUGUGGUCAUUCACAGCUCUGGGAGGAAGUACGGCUUUGCACUCCGUGCCAUUCGGGUCUACAUGGGCGACACUGAUGUCUACACAGUGCACCACAUGGUCUGGAGCGUUGAAGACGGCAGUCCUGCUCACGAGGCCGGGCUGAGGGCUGGUAACCUCAUCACUCAUGUGAAUGGAGAGUGUAUCCAGGGUCUGGUGCACACCGAUGUGGUGGAGCUUUUGCUGAAGAGUGGCAGUAAAGUGACUCUACAGACGACUCCUCUUGAGAAUACGUCCAUUAAAAUUGGGCCUGCGAGAAAGACCAGCUCCAAGGGGAAAAUGGCACGACGCAAAAAGAGCAAAAGGAAAGAGGGUCAAGACAGCAAACGGCGAAACCUUUUGAAGAAGCUGCCCAAACACAGUCCAGGGAUUCAGAACAGUCGCAGUUUCUCGGCGGGUUUUCAGCACUCACCUAACGACAGCCUGUCGACUCCCGACGCGAGCCUGUCUCCUGGGCCCAACACGCCGUGCAGAAGCCCAGCUCCAGACCUGUCAUGUGAUUCAAACUCUCCUCAGAGUUCCUCCCCCUGCUCGAGCUCUCCGAAUUCUCCCAUCCCUCAAAGUCGACCAAGUUCCCUUCACGUUUUGGGAUCCAAGAUUGGUCUCCGUUACAGCAAGGGAGGCCGCUGCAAGUCCACCAACAGUAUUCCCCCCUCCCCCCUCGCCUGCAAUCCCUCCUCACAGCCUCUGUCUCCACAGUGUUCUCCAUCGUCCCUCGCCGGAGCUCCUAAAAGCCUCCACUCGUUUCAUAAUAAGAUGAUGUCCCCUCCGACCAUCGUGAGACAGACCGUGUGUCCCCGCAGCGCAGAAUCACCUCGUUCGCCACUGCUGAGCAGGGUUCAUUCAUCCGAGAGGCCCUCCGGUGCUCAACAUGGAGACAAAAAGGCCUUCUCCACUCGAAGACACACUGUGGAAGUUCCCCAGAGCGAAGCAGAGGGACUCGAGUCACAAACUAGUGACAUUGCCUCAGGUUUUGUGUGUGUCGGCGACCACGCUAGACAAGGGUUGUACCUGGCUGGCCAACGGGCGAGGGACUCUGGCGGUGUGGUUAUGAGGAAGCUAAACUUGUCUGAGAGACGAGAUUCGUUUAAGAAGCAGGAAGCUGUUCAGGAGGUCAGCUUUGAUGACUCUGAUGACAAGGAGGUCACGACAUCUACACCAGUGCCAUCUCAUCCGCUUUUCAAAGCUGCGUGGAUCAGCACAAUGCAGGCGGAGGGAAGCUCUGAGACUUCGGCGAGUAAACCCGACGAGCUUGGAUCCAAGCUAAGAGAACAGAGGAAACCAGAGGAUGGCUGUUAGCCUUAGAUAAGUCCAGAAAACUGUGAGACGGGUGCUUCCAUUAUCAUUCAAAUCAGAAUCGUAGAGAAAACAGGAGUAGGGAGUCUUAGUUUAGUAUCAUUUAUUUGUAGGUUAGAAGUCAUUGACCUGCCAAACUGUCUUAUUAAAAGGAUAGUUUUCUAAUAAAUGAAAAUUCUGUCAUUUUUUUCCCACCUCAUAAACCUGAAUAACUUACUUUCUGCUGUAGAACAUUCACGAAAAAUGUCUGUUGUUUUUGAGCCCAUUUAACUUUCAUUGUGUAGACAAAAGCAGUCUUAAAUGGAUAGUUCACACUAAAAUUCUCAUUUACUAACUUCCAUGCAGGUCCAAAAGUCUUUUUGUUUUUUUUUUUUUGUAUGAAAAUAUCUUAAAGAAUGCAGGUAAUCAAAUAGUUAAUGGUCCUCAUUGACUUUCAGACCAUUUAUUUCCCUACUAUGGAAGUCAAAUGGAAACCAACAAGAAAUGACGCUAAAAUGUUAAUCUUUUGGGUGAACUAUUCCUUUAAAACAUUGUUGGCAUUGUUUGUGUUCCACCAAAGUAAAUGAUAUGACAGAAUUUUCCUUUUUGGGCAGAUUAUCCCUUUUAUGAAUUUGUUUUACCAGAUAGCACAAUAAACUUUUGUAGAUUUUGAAAGAUUUUAUUUAUUACAUUUGUUUUAUACAAGAUGGGAAUGGAAAGGUCAUACAGUAGGAUCGCUUUCUGAGAAUUUGCACACAUGUGGUCCUGCUGAGGUUCAAUUACUGUUGUCUCUUCAUUCUCAUAUCUCAUUUAUAUCAGUAAUAUUGGCAUAUAACGUCAUGUAACGUCUGAGUUGUCAACAAAAAGUAGUUAUUAUGUUGACUAAUAUUAUUUUUUUGCCAUUUUGCAAACUUGGAUGCAGUCUUGUGUUGGUUCGGUCAUACCCAAUAAUAUCCCAGCACCUAAACAACGACUUGUGAGAAGCCAUUUGGCCAAUGUUGGUAUUGUAGAGUAUCAUGUUUACCGGAGCAUUGUUGUUCUCGUUACUUAGAAAGAACAAAGUGGAUUAUGAAUACUAAUUUGGUCACAACUUUUUAUUUAUGUUUUGGAAUUGGUAUGUGUUAUAGCAGUGUUGUACAACUGAAAUCAUUUGACGUACGUAAUCUUUAACAAAUGGUUGCUCUGUCUUUUAGUGUUUUGUAGUCGGACUUGUGGAAAUGUCUGUUCUCUUGAAUUCACUCAACAGCCAUGUGGGAUGUUUUUGUGAGUACCCUAUAUAAAUGCCAUAGUUCAAAUCUGCACUGUAGCCUUCUGAAGUGUUGACAUCUGCUUGUUUGGUUACACAAAAAUUCAGUUACGAGUAACCUGAGCUUUCUAUGUAAUGGUUUGCUUAAACUGGACCGCUUCCUCAUUCAUUUAUCAGAAUUAAAGAGACAGAAGACGAAGUUUAGAUACUUGCACUCCCAGUCUGACUUGUCUUUCUCUUCUUCUUCUGUACUUCAGAUUUGUGUGGCACUGUUUCCUUAUUCACAUACAACUUUCAUUUACUUUUGUAUGGUACUGUGGUGUUUUAAGUUGAUUUUGUGUAGUUGAUCCAGUUCUUUCCACAGCCGUGGACUCAGAAAGAUCCUAGACUCUUAACUAAAUCCACUCACUCACAGUGUAUUUGUAAAGUUUAUUUAACCAUGAUUAAAUGUGUACAUAAUUGCUGAUAAUCAUA